AUGACCCCAAACCCGACAUCCGACGCAUCCAAUCAAACGCCGUACUACGUCACCACCCCGAUCUACUACGUCAACGAUCGCCCGCAUAUCGGGCAUUGCUACACGACCCUGAUCGCGGAUGUCGCCGCUCGCGCCCAGCGUCUGGUUGGUCGCGACGUCUUCUUCCUCACAGGCACCGACGAGCACGCGGAGAAGGUUUCCAAGACCGCUGCGGAGAACAACAAGACCCCCUACGAGUGGGCGACCAUUAAUGCCGACCGCUUCAAAGCCGCGUUCGAGUUCAUGAACUUCUCCAACGACGACUUCGUCCGCACCACCGAAGACCGCCACAAGGACAAGGCCUCUGCGUACAUCAAACAACUCCUCGACCAGGGAGACAUCGAGCUCGGAGACUACGAGGGCUGGUACGACCCCUCCCAAGAAGAAUACCUGACCGAGAUCGUCGCGAAAGAAAACAACUACAACUCCCCCGUCACCGGUAAACCACUCGAAAAGCGCGUCGAGCAGAACUACUUCUUCCGACUCGACAACUACCAGUCCUGGCUCGAAGAACAGUUCGCAAACGACACCAUCCAGAUCCUCCCCAGCGCGCGCAAGAACGAGGUCCUCGGAAGACUCAAGCAAGGACUCAUGAAGGUCCCCGUCUCGCGCAAGAUCAAAGAAGACGACGCGGACUGGGGGAUCAAGAUGCCCACCGACGAUUCACACCGCAUCUAUGUGUGGAUCGAAGCGCUGUGCAACUACCUGACAACCGUUGACACCGACGAUCGCCGCAAGUACUGGGAAGGCGAAGUCACGCACCUGAUGGCCAAGGACAUCCUCUGGUUCCACGCGAUCAUCUGGCCCGCGAUGCUCCACGCGCUCGGGAAAGAACCACCCAAAACCGUCUACGCACACGCGUACUGGAUCGCCGAGGGCACGAAAAUGUCCAAGUCGCUCGGGAACUUCAUCGAGAUCGAUCUCCUCCAGGCAUACGCCGAGAAAUACUCGCUCGACGCCGUGCGCUGGUUCCUCACCACCCAAGGCCCGCUGGGCGCCAACGACGCCGACUUCGCGCACGCGCGAUUCGUCGAGGUCUACAACGCCGACCUCGCCAACUCGAUCGGGAACUCCAUGUCCCGCGUCGGGAACAUGGUCGCGAAAUACUUCGAAGGCACCGUCCCCGCGACCUGCAACGGACAGUUCGGUUUCCCCGACGGCUCAUCGCUGCAAACAGCUCGCAAAGCACUCGAGAACGCCGGGAAACCAGUUGACGAACCCAAUCGCACCUUCGACUUCGCGAAGUUCACCUCAGAAGCGACCACCAAGUACCUCGAAGCACUCAACCGAGUCGAUCUGGAAACCGCGCUCGACACCGCGCGCUCGAUCGUCCGAGAGGUCGACGAGUUCAUCUCCUACAGCGCUCCCUUCACGCUCGCCAAACAACUCGACACCCUCGACGACGCGCCCCACGCGCUGCGUUCGAUCCUCUACUCUUGCGCCGAAGCGCUCCGCAUCGCGUCGCUGCUGCUGUCCCCCGCAAUGCCACAGAAGAUGGCGCAGCUCUGGGACGCGUGGAACUGCGAGCACCUGACCGAUCCGAGCGAUCCAAACUCCGCGCUCGUCGCGCCGCUGUCCGAGCUCGCUCAGUGGAUGGGCCCCCACUCCAUCAAAGCGGGACAGUCCAUCACCAAAGGCGACGCCCUCUUCAUGCGUGCCGACACCAACGAACCCGCACCCGAAGCGACGGCCGCGUCCUGA